AUGGAGGCCGGCGGGCCCGCGGCGGGGGCGGCCGGCGGCGAGGGCGGCGACUGGAGCUUCCUGGACGGCGAGCUGGCGGCCGGGGCCCUGCGCGGCCCGCCGGGCGCCACCAUCGCCUGCCGCCUGGACCCGCGCGUGUUCGCGGACGGCCCGUGCCGGGCCAAGUUCGAGGCCCUGUUCCGGGCCUUCGACCAGGACGUGAGCUUCCAGUACUUCCGCAGCUUCCGGCGCGCCCGCGUCACCUUCGGCAGCGCCCUGGCCGCGGCCGCCGCCCGCCUGCGCCUGCACCGCACGCCCUUCCUGGGCCGCGAGAUGAAGCUCUACUUCGCGCAGACGCUGCACAUCGGGAGCCCCCACCUGGCCCCCCCGAGCCCCGACAAGCAGUUCCUGAUCUCCCCGCCCGCCUCGCCGCCUGUCGGCUGGAAGCAAGUGGAGGACGCCACCCCCGUCAUAAAUUACGACCUCCUGUACGCCAUCUCCAAGCUGGGCCCAGGGGACAAGUACGAGCUGCACGCGGCCACCGACAGCACGCCCAGCGUCGUGGUGCACGUGUGCGAGAGCGAGGAGGACGCGGAGGAGGACGAGACGGAGCGGAUGAGGAGGCCCAAACCCAAAAUCGUGCAGACCCGGCGGCCGGAGUACAGGCCCGUGCACCUCCGCUGA